AUGUUUAUAUCAUAUUUACUUCCUUUCGUUUUAUGGGCCUGUCUGGGACAAGCCACAUUGACCCCUCGCAAACCGUUCGAUACCGCAUUCUACGUCUUCAACGGGGCUUGGCCAUGUUCCCAAGAUCAACUGAAAACAAUUUCUGGGGCCAUCGACGAGGCGCAUGAUCUUGCCAAGUCAGCUAUCAAUGUCCUUUCGAAGCCUGGCUCUGAGCAGUCGAUCGCCUUCGACUCUUGGUUUGGCUCAAGCAACGGGACUCCCGAUAGAAGAGACAUCAUUCUUAAUAGACACUUCCAAGCGGUUCUGGAGAAUCUGGUGCCAUCCACUGCCGCCGCCCAAUUUCGACUCUCGCACAGUCCGUUCCUGAAUCCCCAGCAAGGCUCUACUAUCACUGAGUCUUCACUGGUCUAUGCCUGUCCUCCCCCUUCCGAGCCAGUAUGCGAUGGCAAUACGGUGGCAGCUGUUCAAAGUGCAACCGGUUCUAGAGCAGCAGUAUUUGGGGCCACUCUUCUCGUCCUGUGUCCUGACUUCUUCGGUAACAAGCCUAACCUCGAUAGUGCGGUUCAUUUGUGGAAGACAGAGCAUACCCUGGGCGACAAUCUGUCGCGUGGCUUUGCGCUCGUGCACGAAGUUCAACAUAUGAUGCAGGCAACAGAGUCAGAAGAGGAACGAUGCGAUGACUUGCAGGACCCGUUCGAGGAUAACAAGGACUGUUAUUCAGCUAGCUGCUGCUUCCGGCUUUCCGAUGCCCAAAAGCUUAAGAACGCUCAAAACUACGCUAUCUACGCACUUGAUGUAUUGGCUUUCCCUGAUACCGCGGGAUCUCCAUCUUCGUCUUGCAACUUGCCACAGAGGCGUGAAUCCCCCUUCAUGAACCUCUUCAAGCGUCAAGCACAGCCGAUACCAGAAUCUGUGUCGCAUCCGGUGCAGCCUGCUCCUUUCCAGAAUACUUCCGCAACAUUCGUUACUCUCCCAGAGACUAGCACGGGACCUUUGUCCUCCGAGGUUCCCGUGACUCCUACCCGCAACGUUACUACAGGCGGGGUUCCUACAGAGCCGGUUACAUCUGAUAGCCCUAUUACCACUUCUUUCACCGAGACCACGACCACGUCAUCAGCAGCACCAACAACGACAGUCAGCAAUGGCGCCACCGUGGUAGUACCUGUCGGUGCAGUUGUUUUCGGGGGACCGGGAGGCGGCGUCAUUUCUGUUGGUGGAGCAUUGAUCCCCGUUGCUGCUGGUGCUGUCGUAACAGCCAGGCCUGAGGAUGGAGAGAAGCCAACAGACCCGGAUGACAAGUCGAAAGAGCCUACAUCCUCUCCAGCCCCGACCUCAACUUCUACUGAGUCAGAGUCGUGUAGCGCACCAACUACGACGGCGACGUAUGGCUCAGAAGGAAAUGCAAUUUGCCGAGAUUUGUCUGGCAUGAGUCAAGAGGAGCUUUUGCAGCUCAUCCCACAGUUUGGCCAAGUCAGCUCUUCUGCUGAACCUGUACCAACCUCAACACCAGGCGCUUCCAACACUUCCGCCAUCAUCUCUGUCACACCUUCUCCUUCAACUUUCUUGACGACACUGUCUCCUAAGCCAGAAACUCCGGCAUCUGCUGUAAACACAACUUCAAUCCUAGUGACACUUCCCGUCCCCGGUGGUUCGAGUACUCUAGUGACUGUACCAGCUAUACAGACAACUGUUCCUUUUAUUGGUGAUACGACAAGCUGCAACCUGACAAAUGAUGCUGUUCCCGAGUGUCAAAACUUGGUCAACGGGAAGAGGGCUUGUCUUUACUCUCAACCGAAAGGAUAUCUUUGUGUUGCAGACUGUUCUGCUGGGGAUCCCUGUCUGCAAACUUGCCAGACAAUGAACUACAAGGGUGGCUAUUGCAGCAAUGGGUCACCCUCGUGUGUAUGUUCUAACGACGAUCCUACUGCUUGA